CAAUUAGUCCAAUUUCAGCUGUUCGCCCAAGAUGACUUACCAAUCCAAAGCGGUCUCUUUACUCGUCCUCUUCCUGAUGGCGUUAUCCUUUUCGGAGGCUAGUCUACGUCGUCGAGCUUCCACCUCAGAAAUUUCCCAAGCCGCGAAUAAAUUUAGCUCCCGAAUCGUUGGAGGACAAGAGUCCGAUGUCCUGGCGGCACCCUACCUAGUCUCGAUCCAAAACGCCUAUGGUAACCACCUCUGUGGCGGCAGCAUCAUCGACGAUCGGCAUGUCGUCACCGCAGGCAGUUGCUUGGCUGGAUUACGAAAAAACAAUGUGCAGGUGGUGACCACCACCUAUAAUAACUGGGGAUCGGCGGGCUGGAUAUACGCCGUGGAGGAUAUCAUCAUACACUGCAACUUCGACAAUCCGAUGUACCAUAACGACAUUGCCCUGAUCAAGACGAAAACUCUUUUUGAUUACGAUGAUGUGACACAGAAUAUCACAAUGACUCCCUUGGAGGAUUUGACAGAUGGAGAAAAGCUGACCAUAUACGGAUACGGCAGCACGGAGGUGGGUGGAGACCUCUCGUGGGAACUGCGUCAAUUGGAUGUGACCUAUGUCGCCCCGGAAAAGUGCAAUUCCACCUACGGCGGUAGUCCGGAUCUGGAUGUGGGUCACCUCUGUGCCGUGGGAAAUGUGGGAGCCGGAGCCUGUCAUGGGGAUACCGGAGGACCCAUCGUGGACAGCCGUGGUCGCUUGGUGGGCAUUGGUAACUGGGGUGUUCCAUGUGGCUAUGGAUUCCCCGAUGUUUUCGCGCGCAUUAGCUUUUACUACAGCUGGAUUAUAUCCACGAUCAACGGCUGUGCUAUUUCCUAAUUUAAAAAUUGCAAAGUUUGUUAUCCAAUAUUUUAGUUGCCGAAAGAUACAUUCAUUCAAUAAAAUAGUGUAAAAAUUG